CAAUCAAAUUUUUUGCUUCGUUUAAUUUUAAACUUUUUAAACAUCAAUACGAAGUACAUACAUACAUGUGGAAGAGAAGAAUAAUAAGCGCUUGUAAAUGAUUUUUUAAAUCAAAAAUAUAAACCUCAACUAUAACAAAAAAAAAAAGAAGUUAUAUUACCAAAAACGGAUAUCAGUGUUUUAGUGCAUAAGAUCCGGCAUGGUUAUUUUAUUUCAUCCAUAUCAAAUAGCAAUAGCAUUUUGCUAAAGCAUUUAAUAAAGGAUUUCGAAAGAAAAACUCUUUGAUGUAGGACAUUACGCUGUUUAUUAAAAAUUUCUGCAGCCGUAUAUUUCAACGCUUGAACAGUUCGCAUAGCAUUUGAUAGAAUGUUACGAGAUCGGCAUCUUUUAUUUGGGCUCGCGGUCACACUUGUUUGUUGUGGCGUCACACUCGCCCAGUACUCGUCGAAUAUGUUCCUCAAUGGCGAAUAUCAGAACGGCAUUAAAGCUAAUCCAAGUAAAUCGCAAGCGAUUAAUCCGACAUCGAAUCUUUUUCUCGAACAUGCCAUUAUAAGUCGGCAAGCGUCGCCCUUCCAAGGUCCCACUUACUUGCCACCAGAAGAGGUCUUGAAAUGCUCCGCGGGAAAACAGUGCGUUUUGAAGGGGCAAUGCACGGAGGAUGGCUACUUUGCUAACCCAGCGCUGAAGGCUCAAAACUGCAGGCCGUCGACACACACGUGCUGUAUAUAUCGCCCACCUCCGCCACCACCACCAACAACAACUGAACGUCCCUACGAUAUAUGCUCAAAGGACUACGACUGUGUUCCAUCCCGCUUCUGCAAUAAUGGUGAAAUUGACUCAGCCGAUUAUAUUCAAAAAGGCAAAAGUGAUCGCUGUUACUCCCCCGAUAUUUGUUGUCGAAUACCGUCCACUACACUGACCGACGAUGGCUACGUCCUACGUACACCAGAGGUGAAAUUCACUAUUCCCACAACUGGCAGACCCUAUCAACCACCAUCCAUUCCUCAACAGCCCACUCCACCCCGCCAGCCGCCAUCCAUACCUCAACAGCCCACUCCACCUCGCCAACCACCAUCUCCACCUCGUCAACAACCAUCUCCCCCUCGUCAGCCACCAUCACCAUCACCCCCAGCUCCAGCUCCACCUCGUCUACCACCAACAACUCCACAACGGGAAUAUCUGCCCCCAAAUACAUAUCCUACUACAUCAAAACCCGUUCCCUCUCGUCAGCCACCAUCACCUCCAGCUCCAACUCCACCUCGUCUACCACCAACAACUCCACAGCGGGAAUAUCUGCCCCCAAAUACAUAUCCUACUACAUCAAAACCCGUAACUCCACGCUACGAAUAUAUACCCCCUGCGCCAACAACACCUUCUCGUCAGGUAUUUACACAGACACCAUAUCAACCAGCCGUCACACCAAGCAGGCCCACUUUUCGACCACAACCCGUUCCGACACCGCAGAAUGCAUAUCUACCACCAAGUCCGGCAUUGCCCCCACCUUCCGACUAUCAUGUGUUACAACCAUCCAACACAGUGACGCAAACAAUAACAGUUUCCCCACCAAGGAUACCGAAGCCUACGUCGCCACAGCGCGGCGAAGACAUCCUGUCACUCCCGCUUGACAACCGGCAGCACUUAUCCAAAUGCGCCUCCGCUUUGGAGUGCACGCCGGAAAACUUCUGCAAUAGCAUCGGCGUGAUAACGGAUCAGCCCGUGGAUGUGAACUCAGCCGAAUCGGCCUUCCGCGUUCCUCUUACCGACUGUUUCCUGGAGAAUGGUGCACCGGGCAAAUGUUGUCGCGACGCCAAUUAUGUCGACCCAUGGCCAAUUAACUUGGCUGGCGUUUGUGCAACCAGAAACAAGAAUACCAAGCCACAAGGUAUACAAGAUGUUGACGCUAACUUUGGUGAAAUUCCAUGGCAAGCAAUGAUCCUUAAGGAAUCGACUAAAACAUUAUUGGGCGGUGGUGCAAUCAUAGGCGAUCAAAUUGUUUUGACAACAGCCUCCGUUGUUAAAGGUGUGUCACCCAACGACUUGAAAGUAAAAGGUGGCGAAUGGGAACUGGGACGUGACAGCGAACCGCUACCUUUCCAAAUAGUUGGAGUGAAGUCUAUUGAUAUACACCCCGAGUAUAAUCCAUCAACGGGUUCGAAUGACAUGGCAGUUUUAAGAUUGGAUAAGCGAAUCGAAUUUGCGCAACACGUUAAGCCCAUUUGUGUGACCAACGAGGAUCCGAAACCGGAAGAGAAAUGCAUAACCACCGGUUGGGGUAAACAAGCAAUCAAAAUUCACGAGGAGGGGGCCGUCUUGCACGUUUCAAACACAAUAACCCAAUCGCGAGCCGAUUGUGGGGCAGAUGAGACCAGCGUCUGCAGUUCAGUUGUGCACGAUCCAUGCCUAUUGGACGUCGGCAGCGCUUUAGCAUGUGGAUCGGGUUCUAGUGUCAUGCUCAAAGGCAUAUACGCAGCCGAAAAUGCCUGCGGUGAUGGCCAAACUGUACGAUUUUCGAAACCUGAUCUAAAAUGGGUCAACGGAUUCUUCACAAUACAAAACAAAGAUAUACUACUCAAGAAAAGGCGCGUGUAAGAAGGGGCUAGAUAUGUGUGAAAAGACUUAAAUUUGAGUGACAUUAGUUUAGCAAAUAUCACCAUUAUACACCAACACCAAACAUCUAGAAAAGCAAUUAUCGCAUUCCCACCACACCACCACAAACAAUAUGUCUCGGAAGUUGUAACUUGAUGCAAAAUGCCAAUGG